GGGUUUCGCCUCCCCCCAACAAAGAUAAAAGAGAACUUCCAAUCUUCGAUCCAAGAUAAUCCACGAUGGCGCCCGGCAUAUUAGUAUCGCCGGGGCCUGAAGUGCUUACCCUAAAGGCCGGUUCUUUGGCUCAGUUAACGCAGGAGUGGGAUGAUACUAUUCGCUUCUACCUGAACGGCACGAAAGUGACGCUAGAUUCCGUGGACCCAGAGCUCACACUCUUAGAAUACUUGAGGGGGAUAGGGUUGACAGGAACAAAACUCGGCUGUGCGGAGGGAGGCUGCGGCGCUUGCACCGUUGUGGUUUCGCAAGUGAAUCCUACGACGAAGAAGCUAUAUCAUGCGUCGGUGAAUGCUUGCCUUGCACCUGUCAUAAGCGUAGAUGGCAAACAUGUUAUCACAGUUGAAGGCAUCGGAAAUGUGAAGAACCCCCAUGCGGUUCAACAACGGAUUGCAGUUGGUAAUGGCAGCCAGUGUGGUUUCUGUACACCAGGCAUCGUGAUGAGCCUCUAUGCCCUUCUACGUAAUAACCCUGAACCGUCCGAGCAUGCCGUGGAAGAAGCGUUUGACGGGAAUUUGUGUCGUUGCACUGGAUACAGGCCUAUAUUGGAUGCUGCCCAGAGCUUCAAAACCAGCAUUGGUUGUGGGAAGUCCAUUACCAAUGGUGGUACUGGCUGUUGUAUGGACAAGCAGAAUGGUUCUGGAGGAUGCUGCAAAGAUUCAUCCGAAACGACGGUCACAGACGGCAAUGCUCCAAAGCUCACGGCACCUGAUUUCAUAAACUACAGGCCAGACACAGAAUUAAUUUUCCCACCAACCCUCCACAGGCAUAAGUACCAGCCCUUGGUUUUUGGCAAUAAGAAAAAAAAAUGGUACAGACCUGUUACUCUGCAACAGCUUUUGGAAAUCAAGCAUGUGCACCCGGACGCGAAGGUUAUCGGUGGCAGCACUGAAACUCAGAUUGAAACCAAGUUCAAAGCGAUGCGGUAUAGUGCCUCUGUUUACGUUGGUGAUAUUCCCGAACUUCGGCAAUUCUCGUUCCAAGAUGACCACUUAGAGGUCGGCGCUAAUGUCUCUUUGACUGAUUUGGAGUCAAUAUGCGAUCAAGCUCUGGAGAGAUAUGGACCUGUGCGGGGCCAGCCUUUUACUGCUAUCCAAAAACAGCUUCGCUAUUUUGCCGGGAGACAGAUCAGGAACGUGGCGUCCCCCGCCGGGAAUUUGGCUACUGCGUCCCCAAUCUCAGAUCUGAACCCAGUCUUCGUGGCAACAAACACCGUACUUGUUGCUAAGUUGCUAGGGGGGGAUAUUGAGAUCCCCAUGACUGAAUUCUUUAGGGGUUACAGGAAAACUACACUUCCACCAAAUGCUAUUAUUGGAAGUUUGCGCAUCCCUACUGCAUCAGAGAGCGGAGAGUAUCUGCGAGCUUACAAACAGUCCAAGAGAAAGGAUGAUGACAUCGCCAUCGUCAACGCUGCCUUGCGUGUAUCGCUUUCCCCAUCACAUGAUGUGACAAGCGUGAGCCUCGUCUUCGGAGGUAUGGCGCCAAUGACUGUGUCAGCACGAAAGGCAGAAGGUUUCCUAGUUGGCAAGAAAUUCACGCAUCCUGCAACCCUUGAGGGCGCCAUGAGUGCUUUAGAGCAAGACUUCAAUCUAAAUUACGGAGUGCCUGGUGGUAUGGCUAGCUAUCGUCGGUCUCUUGCCCUGGGAUUCUUCUACCGAUUCUAUCACGACGUCUUGUCGGGUACCGAGGUCAAGAGUACAGAUAUUGAUCACGAUGUGAUUGCUGAGAUUGAAAGGGCUAUCUCUUACGGGGAAAAGGACCAUGAAGCUUCAUCAGCAUAUCAACAGCGGAUAUUAGGGAAGGCUGGACCUCAUGUCUCAGCGUUGAAACAGGCCACUGGAGAAGCGCAAUAUACCGAUGAUAUACCCGUCCAACAGAACGAGAUGUUUGGGUGCAUGGUUCUUUCAACCAAGGCACAUGCCAAAAUAAUCAGUGUUGAUCCAUCUCCCGCUCUGGAUAUCCCUGGCGUUCAUGACUAUGUGGAUCACAGAGACCUCCCCAGUCCGGAGGCUAAUUGGUGGGGUGCUCCUGUGGCUGAUGAGGUAUUCUUUGCGGUAGACAAGGUUACGACUGCUGGACAGCCUAUUGGUAUGGUCCUCGCAAAAUCAGCCAAAAUCGCAGAAGAGGGUGCGAGGGCUGUUAAGAUCGAGUAUGAGGAAUUGCCGGCCAUUCUUACUAUCGAAGAGGCCAUUGAAGCCGAAUCAUUCUUCGGACAUGACCACUACAUAAAGAACGGUGAUCCGGAAUCUGCUUUCAAGCAGGCUGAUCAUGUUUUCAUCGGUGCGUCGAGAAUGGGAGGCCAAGAGCAUUUUUAUUUGGAAACCCAGGCUUGCGUUGCGAUUCCCAAACCUGAAGACGGGGAAAUGGAGAUUUGGAGCGGGACACAAAACCCUACCGAGACUCAAACAUAUGUCGCCCAGGUCACUGGCGUAGCAGCCAACAAAAUAGUGUCCAGAGUUAAACGCCUGGGCGGUGGAUUCGGUGGUAAAGAGACCCGGUCGGUCCAGUUAGCUUGCUUAUGUGCUACGGCUGCAGUAAAAACGAAACGACCCGUUCGAUGCAUGCUCAACCGCGAUGAAGAUAUUGCGACAUCUGGCCAGCGCCAUCCGUUUUACUGCCGUUGGAAGGUUGGUGUGACCAAGGAAGGGAAGCUCCUUGCCCUUGACGCUGAUGUCUAUGCCAACGGUGGUCAUACACAAGAUCUCUCUGCCGCUGUCGUGGACAGAAGUCUAUCACAUAUCGACGGGGUGUAUAAUAUCCCGAAUGUCUAUGUUCGCGGUCGUAUUUGCAAGACGAAUACAGUGUCAAACACCGCAUUCCGUGGCUUUGGUGGUCCACAGGGCCUGUUCUUUGCCGAAAGCUUCAUGUCGGAGAUUGCGGAUCACCUUGAUAUCCCAGUUGAAAAACUCCGAAUGGACAACAUGUAUAAAACUGGUGAUAAGACUCACUUCAACCAGGAGCUGAAAGAUUGGCACGUUCCCUUGAUGUAUAACCAAGUCUUGGAGGAAAGCUCGUAUGUUGAACGUCGCAGAGCCGUGGAAGAGUACAAUAAGAAGCACAAGUGGUCGAAACGUGGCAUGGCCAUCAUUCCGACAAAAUUCGGUAUCUCCUUUACGGCCUUGUUCCUGAAUCAAGCUGGGGCUCUCGUUCACAUCUACCAUGAUGGAAGCGUUCUUGUCGCCCAUGGCGGUGUUGAAAUGGGCCAGGGCCUGCAUACUAAAAUGACUAUGAUCGCAGCAGAGGCAUUAGGCAUUCCCCAGUCAGACGUGUUCAUAUCCGAGACAGCUACAAACACGGUCGCGAAUACCUCAGCCACAGCUGCGUCAGCCAGUUCCGACCUCAAUGGGUACGCCAUUUUCAAUGCCUGUGAGCAACUCAACGAGCGUCUUCAGCCUUAUCGGGAAAAGAUGCCGGGUGCCCCGCUGAAGGAACUCGCUCAUGCAGCUUACCUUGAUCGAGUCAACCUUUCGGCUCAGGGGUAUUAUCGUACUCCAGAUAUUGGCUAUGUCUGGGGUGAGAAUAGGGGUCAAAUGUUUUUCUACUUCACUCAGGGUGUGACAGCCGCCGAAGUUGAAAUCGAUACACUUACCGGUGAUUGGACUCCGCUACGUGCGGACGUCAAAAUGGAUGUCGGCCGCACCAUCAAUCCAUCUAUCGAUUAUGGACAGAUAGAGGGCGCCUUCAUCCAAGGUCAAGGACUCUUCACGACAGAAGAAAGUCUCUGGCACCGUGCCUCGGGCCAGGUUGUCACCAAGGGGCCUGGGAACUACAAGAUUCCCGGUUUCCGAGACAUCCCCCAGGUAUUCAACGUUAGUCUGCUCAAAGAUGUUGAAUGGGAAAACCUCCGUACAGUCCAACGCUCUCGUGGCGUUGGAGAACCGCCGCUGUUCAUGGGCAGUGCUGUGUUCUUUGCUAUUCGCGAUGCUUUGAAAGCGGCGCGGAAGCAGUACAACGUUCGUGAAGUCCUUAGCUUACGAAGUCCGGCUACUCCUGAACGGAUUCGGGUCAGUUGUGCUGAUCCAAUUAUCGAACGGGCAAGAGUAGUGCCUAAAGAGGGGGAGAAGAGCUUCUUCGUUGAAAUUUGAGCAUUGAUGGCAUCAAAUCAUUUGGCAUGAGAAUCUACGAAGUAAUGAUCAGGUUACUGAUUAGGAUUAGGAAUGGCGCCCUUGUCAAGAAUAUAUUUAAGGACUAUAUCGUCUAUUACGCAUAUAAUAUAGCAUUUUUUUGGUGAAACGUAUAAUAGUCCAGUACAGGGUGAUAAAACUUUCAACUAUCCGUGAAGCGAGAUAUCUGAGCUGUCCAUAGCUGUACGACCACUAAACCCUCAAAAAUACAGUAGAUCAAUGAUUUCCAUCUCCAUCGGUAUAUGGAGAAGUGGUAAAGCAUGCCAAGCACCGCGCAUCUAUAGGGUCUUAUCAAACAAGACAGAGGGAUGAAAAGAACAGACUCGAGUUAUUCGUGGAUAUACCCGUAUAUCCAAUGCGAAC